AUGGGCUUGAAGCGACAACGAACAGUACGUGAGGUUGAGCUGGUAAAAGGAAACUUGGUACUAGAUUGUCCAGUCCCAUCAACGUUGGUAGAAACAAGCGCUCGCAAAGAUUUUGAAUUCAGCCAUAUGCGAUACUCUGCUGUUACGUGCGACCCAGACGACUUUUCCGAUUGCCAAUUUACAUUGCGACCAAGGCUCCAAGGCAGGCAGACAGAGUUAUUCAUAUGUAUGACCAUGUACAAUGAAGAUGAAGUUUUAUUCUGCAGAACGCUACAUGGAGUCAUGAAAAACGUGGCACAUCUAUGUUCUAGACCAAGAUCAAAAACAUGGGAUGGAGAAGGCUGGAAGAAGGUUGUAGUAUGCAUUGUCGCCGACGGAAGAAAAAAAUGCGAUCCUCGCGUGCUCAAUGUUCUCGAGUGCUUGGGUGUAUACCAAGAGGGUGUUGCCAAGAACGUGGUAAACGACAGGCCAGUACAAGCACAUUUGUAUGAGUACACUACACAAAUAUCAAUGGACCCUGGGCUUCGGAUUAAAGGUGCAGACAAGGGAGUUGUCCCGGUGCAAGUUCUGUUUUGUUUGAAAGAAAAUAAUGCCAAAAAGAUCAAUUCACACCGUUGGUUCUUCAACGCCUUCGGAUCUGUUCUUCAACCCAAUGUUUGCGUUUUACUUGACGUUGGAACCCGACCAGGAAACACCUCUAUCUAUCAUUUGUGGAAAGCAUUCGACAACGACAAGAAAGUAGGAGGAGCUUGCGGAGAAAUAUGCACAAUGACUGGCCCUUUUGGUGUAAAUCUACUGAAUCCCCUGGUGGCCUGCCAGAAUUUUGAAUACAAGAUGUCAAAUAUCUUGGAUAAACCUUUGGAAUCAGUUUUUGGUUAUAUCAGUGUGCUUCCCGGAGCCUUUUCUGCAUAUCGUUAUGCUGCCUUACAGAAUGAUGUCAACGGACAAGGCCCACUUCAGAAGUACUUUAUGGGAGAGACGCAACAAGAUGGAAACUCUGAUAUAUUUACAGCCAACAUGUAUCUGGCAGAAGAUCGUAUACUCUGUUUCGAAUUAGUAGCCAGAAAGCACCAACGAUGGCUAUUACGAUAUGUCAAAUCAGCGUUUGGAGAGACCGACUGUCCUGACCAACUAGCAGAACUUAUCUCACAAAGACGACGAUGGCUCAAUGGAAGCUUUUUCGCGGCUGUGUAUUCACUUUGGCAUUUUCCUCAGAUCUGGGGAACGGAUCAUACUGCAUUACGAAAAGUUGCUCUAUCUGUUGAGUUUGUGUACAACUUCAUCAGCUUGGCAUUCAGCUGGUUUGCAAUCGGCAAUUUUUACCUCACAUUCUACUUUGUUUCGAAAUCACUGGCAAGUCCUGAAAUCGACCCAUUUGGUAACAACUGGGGCAGACACAUAUUUCAAGCACUGCAUUAUUUAUACAUUUUCCUCCUGAUAUCCUCUUUCAUUUGCUCCAUGGGCAACAGGCCACAAGGAUCAAGAUGGAUGUUCAUAUUUUCAGUUCUUGCUUUCUCAAUUAUCAUGAUAUACAUGCUAUUUGCUGGAACUUGGCUUUCAAUCCAAAGUAUUAGCACAGCGUUUUCGUCUGGACACUGGUCUACAAUGGAUAACAGCACAAGAUUCCGUUUGCUAGUAGAAACUCCCGGUUUCGGCACCUUUGUGGUGUCCUUGUUGUCGACAUAUGGACUCUAUAUCAUUAGCAGCAUCCUCUAUAUGGAACCUUGGCAUCUCAUCACAAGUUUCAUCCAAUACAUGCUGUUGAUGCCAUCAUAUGUUAAUGUCCUUAAUUGCUAUGCAUUUUGCAAUACCCACGAUGUCUCUUGGGGAACCAAAGGAGAUAACACUCUACAGACGGAUCUCGGCGUAGCCAAGACAACUAGCAACAAAGAGGGGAAACAAACGGUAGAAUUGGAAAUGUACACAGAAGCUGUUGAUAUUGAUGCUGCAUAUGAAGAGGCAAUAUGGAAGCUUCAGAACAAACCAGCAUUUCAGAAACAGAGUCGUACGGCCAAAACGAAGCAAGAUGACUACUACCGCGGGUUCCGUACUCGACUUGUUCUCACUUGGAUUGCAUGCAAUGCCUGCCUGGUGGCUGUAUUCACCCAAAGCGACUUUGAAUCGCUUUUACACACUAAUCCAGGUUCGCUUGGAACAGCCUAUACCUCCUUUAUACUAUGGACCGUUGCUUUAAUGGCAGCAUUCCGCUUCAUGGGAAGCACUUUAUACCAAAUACUAAGAGUUUGUGGACGAUAGUGCCUAAUGAAUAAAAG